CUCUUUCUACCAGGAAAAAACGGGAGUCCUUCACCAGCAAAAAUUGGGAUCUCGAUGAUCUUAAAUAUUUUUAGGGAUUUCGAUCUCUUCCUAGUUGUCUGCGUGUGCAAUCCUUAAUUCCUCCGACGGCAGUUAUCCUCCUCGCUUCUGUUGGUCUUACCUCCAUGAUGGCGGAUAACGGCACUUCUGCUCGGGUUCGGCAGCUAAGGUCACGUUUUCUGCCUUGCAGCUCCAGCAAACGACGGCGGAUACAUUCAACAGAAUCAAACCCGACGGCGGCGGCGAUCUGUAAACUGGACGACGAUCUCCUCGUGGAAAUUUUGAUUCGCCUCCCAAACCCUAGGUCCGCCUGUCGGUGCAAACUCGUCUGCAAGCGGUGGAGCUCGCUCAUCUUCGACCCAGUACGCUUCAGUCGUCGUUUCGUUUCGCACCACCGGAGCAGGAACCAACCUCCUCCUCCUCCUCUGAUCAUUCUCUCCGACGACCCGCAAUCAAUCAUCACGAGCUUCCUCCCCUUGACGACUCUAUCUCGAAUGUCCUUCGUGGUUUUGGAUUCCUACAAGGACUUGGUUUUGUGCGGGUUCCCUGGCCUGGGCCCAACCAGCGGCGAACUGUACAGAUCCUACUUCCUCUGCAAUCCGUUUACGAAGCAAUGGAUUGCGCUCCCUCUGGCGCCUGAAUGGCCGAAGGAGACUUCGAUUUCCUUUGCAAGGUUAGUCUGCGAACCCCGCAUUUCCAAUGAUUUUGAUCUGGGGGAGUAUCGAUUCCGAGUUGUGUGUCUAUACCAGCAUUUAGGGUCUACAAAGCUAGACGUUUUCUGUUCGGAUACUGGGGGAUGGACCAAGGAGGUUCUUGUUCGUCACAGGCAGCAUAAACAAUUCUUAGCCAGAAAUGUAGUUUCCUGCAAUGGGGAGGUUUUUUGGACCUAUGGUGUUCGAAACCAGGAUCCCGGUGCUGUCCACCAAGUGAAGCCAUUCGUUGCUGCUUUCAAUCCUUUCCGGCCGGAUAUCCCUCCCACUGCUAUUGAUGUUCCACAAGUGUUUGGGAAACCUGGGUGGGAUAUUUCCGUCUCGCAAGGCGCUCUGCACCUAAUUGUAUUCGAAGACAGCCCCGAGCAAGGUCGUGCACAGAUUGCCUCGAGUGUUUGGAGACUGGAAGACGACCAUAAAUCUUGGAGGAAAGUAUGUGCAGGGCUGUUGAGGAGCUCGGCGUUGUAUGAAGUUCGCCCCUUUUUUCGACCUAACCUACAUCCAGAGAAACCAGAAGUUGUCUUCUUCUGCCAUAUGGGUGGUCACGGCGAGCUUGUUGCCUUGUCCUGCGAUUUGGGGACAGGGGGGGAGCUGGAGCUCUUCACUGAAGGAAGAGAGUUAUUGCCCUGUUGGAGGAUGUUCAAAGUUGAGUCUGCUUGCUGGCCGUCUUCGAUUGCGAGGUACAAGGAAUUGCGAGUAAUGUACGAUGGAAGCUGCAGCUGUUGGGUUCAGAGCAAUGAUGAACCGUCUAGAACUCCCUCAAUAGCUGGAAUGCAAUGGUAAAGAAAAUGAGAAAGUAAGGAAGAAGAGAAGGUUCAAAAGCUUAAAGCAUGUACAUCAAGAAUGAGGAGGAAGAAGAAGCAGACCUGUGCCUUCCCGAAAUGGACAAAUUUGGUCUGCUGAUGUCUGCAGAACUGAGCAGAAAGAUGUCACCAAUAUAUAGAUGGUGAACUUAAGCAAGGAGCAGAUGCUGAAUGCAAGCGUGAAUUGUGACCAGGGAUUCAUCUCAGUCACGCCGGCCGGCGUGCCACCGGUUGUACCUGGUUCAACCUGUACCAGUCAUAAAAUCGGCGUGACACCACUGGUAUGACCAGCAUGAUCGAUAUACGAAUCUCUAAGUAAAAUAACCUUAUUUUAGUGACUUUAAUUGUUAAAAAUUAUUUUAAUAUAUAUUUUAUGAGUAUAAAUGUUAAAUAUUAAUGUAAUUUGUUGGAUUCAAGUAUAAAUGUUUAGGUAUUAACGUUAAAUGUCAUGUUUAAAAUGAGUAUUUGUAAUUUUAUUUGUAAAAUUGACCGGCAUGAACCGGCACAAACCGGUAUGUGCCAUCGGUCGAACCAUUCCACUUGCUAAACCGGUACACUGGCAUAAACCGGUUUGACAACCUUGCAUCUGACCAAACAUGUAAUUAAUCCCUAACCUGAAGGGUAAGGGAUUGGGCCUAACCACCGGGUUAUUAAAGCCCAACAUGUUAUUAAAGCCUAACCACCGGGUUUGUUCGGAAUGGUUCGGGGGACUGGGGUCUUCUUACAAUUUGAUUGGGCCUCGGGCCCGUUCCAAGCAAGCCUGCUUUUAAUUCUUGUUUGAAAGACUGGUAUUUUGGAAUGUAAAAUUUGUAACAAAAUAUACCAGAUAUUUGAUGAUUUAUUUUAUAUUAUUAAAAAACAAUAGAAGGAGUCAACCAUCAAAAAAUUCCCUUUGACCAAUUCAGUCGUACUAUAGUUGAGUCGUCCUCACCCUUCCCCCAAAGCAAUCCAUUGAAUACACGUAUAUGUACUCGUACAUAUUUCAUCCGUUUAAAAUUUUCACAUCCAUAUUAUUGUCAACCCGUUUAAUUUUUUUUUUUUAUGUUCAUUUCAUAUCUCCCAUACUAAACACGUAUAAAACCCGUAUAUGACGUUCAAUAUCCAUAUUUGAUAAAAAUUAAUGCAAAUUUAUAUGGUGUUGUCCUUAUUUUGGUACUCGUCAUCAUAAAAGGAGAUCGACUUCCUCGUCAAUUUAUUCCACAUUGUUAAUUAUUCCAUUUUGGUUUACUUAACUUUUUUUUUUUUCUCUUUGUCUCUUAUGCAUAUAAAGUUCCUAUCUAAGCCAACUUGAGAUCUCCAUGAAACUAUUGAUAUAUUUCCCAAUGAUAGGAAGUGGAUAAGUCCUUUCAAAGUUACAUCCCUCAUUACAAUCUUCACAUCCCACAAAGAUUUGAUAUUUCAAUUUCUUUGUCCAAAUUAUAUAUAUGCUCACUAAAUCCUUAUAAAAAUCAAAGAAACAUAAAUCGUGUUUUUUUCAAUUUUAAGAAAGUUCUUCACGAGACGAUAAUACGAAUAAAUAUAAACUUCACAUCAAGUGGUGAAAAUCCACACUGAAACGCUCCAACAUUCGAGCAAUUAAAAUCACUAGCGAUCUCGUUCGGGUGCAUAAGAUAUCAUUUUUGAGUAAAUGGAGUCAAAUAUG